UUUGCUUGGAAAUUGCUGCCUGCAGCACCCCCAUUCCCGCGCAGCUCCCGCCCCCUGGGAGCCUAAGGACUAAAUAAACAGUUGUAACUCCAAACCUUGCGCCUGCCACCGCAGCCCUAUCCCACCCCUUUCCCCCAGUCCUGCCCCUCCUUUUUUGUUGUUGCAACUUUGUAAGAUCCCGGGAAGGUGCUGAGACUAAGGCUCAGGCCGGGCCCCGGGUUUCCCGAUCCCUGCAGGGAUCCCCCGCGGCGCAUCCUCUUUCCCUGUUCCCUGGAGCUCGGGGGUCCUCUCCUUCUGGCUGCCCCUUCUAUCUCUGCUCCUGGCCCCUUCCGCCUAAUCACCUCGUCCCCUUCGAGUCUCCCACCCCACAACCUUCACGGAAGGACGACUUGCUGAGGGUCGCCCCGGUCUCUUGUCGAUCGCAGACCCCGAAACUUUGCCCCAGGAGGACGGCGCGCGGCGGGCGAGCGGGCGAGGGGCAGCGGCGGCGGCGGCGGCGGCGGCGCGGAGAAGCGUGGAGCUGCCGGCGCCUCCUCCCCGGACUCGGUGGCGUCCCAGGAGCUUCUGCUGACUCUCCUGGUUUCCGAGGGAACCCUUUCGGCCAUGGUGAGGGCUGCGCUCCCUUCUCUGCCUUGCGGUCAACCAUGAGCGGAUGGGUGUGAUGCCUGCUAGCCUAAAGGGCUCCUUCUGUGUGCUGCAGUCUUGUGGCGUUCUGCAGGCCCCCUGCCAGUGACCCCCAGGCUUUUUAUGGCUGUGAGACUUAUUAAAAGCUCAGGGGUGAGACGUGACCUUUGGAGGUGACUAUAACUGAAGAUUGAAUCACAGAAGCCAAAAAAAUAAAUAAAUAAAAGAAAACCCCUUCGCUGGAGUGCACGGAAAGAACGUAGCUUAGAGGAGGGAAUCUGUGAGGCAAGCAACAAGGCCACUGUUCUCUGGCCUCCAGAAACAGCCUGUUUUUGAGUCAUGAUGCAAGAAUCUGGGUCUGAGACCAAAAGUAACGGAUCAGCCAUCCAGAACGGGUCCAGCGGUGGCAACCACUUACUAGAGUGCGGGGCACUUCGUGACACUCGGUCCAACGGAGAGGCACCAGCGGUGGACCUGGGGGCAGCCGACCUUGCCCACGUCCAGCAGCAGCAACAGCAGGCCCUGCAGGUGGCAAGGCAGCUCCUCCUUCAACAACAGCAACAGCAGCAGCAGCAGCAACAGCAACAGCAGCAGCAGCAACAACAGCAGCAGCAGCAGCAGCAGCAGCAGCAACAGCAACAGCAGCAGCAGCAGCAGCAGCAGCAAGUUAGUGGCUUAAAGUCUCCCAAGAGGAAUGACAAGCAACCAGCUCUUCAGGUUCCCGUGUCAGUGGCUAUGAUGACACCUCAGGUUAUCACUCCUCAACAAAUGCAGCAGAUCCUCCAGCAGCAGGUGCUGAGCCCCCAGCAGCUCCAGGUUCUCCUCCAGCAGCAGCAGGCCCUCAUGCUUCAACAGCAGCAGCUUCAAGAAUUUUACAAAAAACAACAGGAACAGUUGCAGCUUCAACUUCUCCAACAGCAACAUGCUGGAAAACAGCCGAAAGAGCAGCAGCAGGUGGCUACCCAGCAGUUGGCUUUCCAGCAGCAGCUUCUCCAGAUGCAGCAGCUGCAGCAGCAGCACCUCCUGUCUCUCCAGCGCCAAGGCCUCCUAACAAUUCAGCCUGGGCAGCCAGCCCUUCCCCUCCAACCCCUCGCUCAAGGCAUGAUUCCAACGGAACUGCAGCAGCUCUGGAAAGAAGUGACAAGUGCCCACACUGCAGAGGAAACCACAAGCAGCAACCACAGCGGCCUAGACCUGACCAGCACGUGUGUCUCGUCCUCGGCACCUUCCAAGUCCUCCCUCAUCAUGAACCCGCACGCCUCUACCAACGGACAGCUCUCGGUCCACACUCCCAAAAGGGAAAGCUUGUCCCACGAGGAGCACCCCCACAGCCACCCUCUCUAUGGACAUGGCGUAUGCAAGUGGCCGGGCUGUGAGGCGGUUUGUGACGACUUCGCAGCCUUUCUAAAACAUCUCAACAGUGAGCAUGCGCUGGACGAUAGAAGCACAGCUCAAUGUAGAGUACAAAUGCAGGUUGUACAGCAGUUAGAGCUACAGCUUGCAAAAGACAAAGAGCGCCUGCAAGCCAUGAUGACCCACCUGCAUGUGAAGUCUACAGAACCCAAAGCUGCCCCUCAGCCCCUGAAUCUGGUAUCAAGUGUCACCCUCUCCAAGUCUGCCUCAGAGGCUUCUCCACAGAGCUUACCUCAUACUCCAACAACCCCCACCGCCCCCCUGACUCCCGUCACCCAAGGCCCCUCCGUCAUCACCACCACCAGCAUGCACACGGUGGGACCUAUCCGCAGGCGGUACUCAGACAAAUACAACGUGCCCAUUUCUUCAGCAGAUAUUGCGCAGAACCAAGAAUUUUAUAAGAACGCGGAAGUUAGACCACCAUUUACAUAUGCAUCUUUAAUCAGGCAGGCCAUUCUCGAAUCUCCAGAAAAGCAGCUAACACUAAACGAAAUCUAUAACUGGUUCACGCGAAUGUUUGCUUACUUCCGACGCAAUGCAGCCACGUGGAAGAAUGCAGUGCGUCAUAAUCUUAGUCUCCACAAGUGUUUUGUGCGAGUAGAGAACGUUAAAGGGGCAGUAUGGACAGUGGAUGAAGUAGAAUUCCAAAAACGGAGGCCACAAAAGAUCAGUGGUAACCCUUCCCUUAUUAAAAACAUGCAGAGCAGCCACGCCUAUUGCACACCUCUCAAUGCAGCUUUACAGGCUUCCAUGGCUGAGAAUAGUAUACCUCUGUACACUACGGCUUCCAUGGGAAAUCCCACUCUCGGCAGCCUGGCCAGUGCCAUCCGGGAGGAGCUGAACGGGGCCAUGGAGCACACCAACAGCAACGAGAGUGACAGCAGUCCAGGCAGAUCCCCUAUGCAAGCUGUGCACCCCAUACACGUCAAAGAGGAACCCCUCGACCCCGAGGAAGCUGAAGGCCCUCUGUCCUUAGUGACAACAGCCAACCACAGUCCAGAUUUUGACCAUGACAGAGAUUACGAAGACGAACCAGUAAAUGAGGACAUGGAGUGAACCUCUGGGCGGGCUGACCCCCGAGACAGAAGAUUGGG